AUGUCUGCCGUCAUCGACCUCCCCUUCGAGCUUGCCGCGGCCCCGUCCGGCUUCAAGCCCGGCCAGCCGUCGAAGCUCUCGGCCCCCGGCAACCAGGUCCUCUUCCCCGUCGGCCCCGCCUUUGUCGGCUACAAGCGCCGCGAGCUCAAGCAGAUCGACUUUGCCACCGACGACCAGCACGAGGCCGACAGGCUCGCCGCCGAGGCCGCCAACGCCUCCAACGGCGACGAUGCCGAGGUAGACGUCGGCGACGAGCCCGAGUCCCAGGACCUCCUCGAGCGCGACCCCAAGGAGUGGAAGUCGCAGGACCACUACGCCGUCCUCGGCCUGUCCAACCUGCGCUGGAAGGCCACCCAGGACCACAUCAAGGUCGCCCACCGCAAAAAGGUCCUCAAGCACCACCCCGACAAGAAGGCCGGCUCCUCGGGCCUCGCAAACGACGACUCGUUCUUCAAGUGCAUCGCAAAGGCCCACGAGAUCCUCUCCAACCCCGAAAAGCGCCGCCAGUUUGACUCGGUCGACGAGUCCAUCGACGACGACGACGUCCCCUCGGGCAAGGAGGACCCCAAGAAGUUCUACGCCCUCUGGGCCCCCGUCUUUGAGCGCGAGGCCCGCUUCUCGGAGCCCAAGAACGGGCCCGUCCCCAGCCUCGGCGACGAAAAGUCGAGCCGCGACGAGGUCAACGCCUUUUACGACUUCUGGUACAACUUCGACAGCUGGAGGUCGUUCGAGUACCUUGACAAGGAGAUCAACGAGGGCAGCGACAACCGCGACGACAAGCGCUACACGGAAAAGAAGAACCGCAACGAGCGCGCGCGCAGGAAGAAGGAGGACAACGCCCGCCUGCGCAGCCUGGUCGACAAGGCGCUCUCGGUCGACCCGCGCAUCAAGCAGUUCAAGGCCGACGACAAGGCCGCCCGCGAGGCCAAGCGCAACAAGGGCAAGCCCGCCGCCGCCACCGACCCCAAGGCCGCCGAGGCCGAGCGCAAGGCCAAGGAGGAGGCCGAGCGCAAGGCAAAGGAAGAGGCCGACAAGCAGGCCGAGGCCGACAAGGCGGCAAAGGCCGACGCCAAGAAGCAAAAGGAGGCCGCCAAGAAGAACCUCAAAAAGACCAAGAAGGCGCUGCGCGACCUCGUCACGUCCAACAACUACUUCCUCGCCCCCGGCGCCGCCGUCGACGCCGGCGUCAUCGAGGCGCAGCUCAACGAGCUCGACCUCAUCUGCUCCAAGCUCGAGCCCGAGGUCGUCGCCGAGGUCAAGCAGAAGGCCGAAAAGGCCGGCGGCGCCGACGCCAUCAAGGCCGAGUUCAAGGCUGCCGGCGAAAAGGCCGGCGCCUCGCCCUCGGCCUUUGCCUGA